CCAUCGCCAUCCUCACGAUUUAACUCUUUCUUGAUAUGACAGUCUUUGAAUACAAAGGAAACGGGCCUAAAACCGUUCGUUGGCUACACUGCAGGCCUACUACGUAUUCGUCGAAAAUGUAUCUACAUCUUCAAUCGCGAAGUAGAUUUAACGACCUUCAUUUGAGCACCGCUUUGCACGACUGGGAUAUGAACGAGGAAAUACAAUUAACGACGACAACUGAUCAAUAUUAUCAGGAAUGUCGUGGUUUUGUAGAUGAUACGCGGAGUGAUCAGUAUUUGGCGCAGUGGCACUACGCGAGAAUCUCGAGAAGAUCAUUACCAUCAACAGAAGCGAGUCUUCAUUUCCCACCAAACGCCAAAGAGCCUGAAAUACAGCCUAAUCUCUGGUUGAUGGUCAACCCCAGUUUAGCAUGUCCUAUAAAGUAUCCCAACAGUUACCCCAAAGCACCAACACCCCCAAAACUGACAACUAUGCCAAGAUCUACCACGGCUGGUCCAGAACAAGGUUUACACCCAGUGAUAUUGCCUGAGGAGACCUGCCUGAAUGAGUCAGUACACGACACCUCCCUCUCCAGCGAGUAUCAGCUGACAGAUGAAGAUGACGCUUCCUCUGUAGACGUCCCCGUUUGUCGUAAGGUGAAGGGUGCUCGGCGGGGCAGGGCACCCAAAGCGCCCACUCGCAAGCUAGGUCUUACGCAGAACAGAAGACUUCAGAGAGCCCUGCAGGAUAGUAUGAAUCUGAAAAGCGGGGCGUGGCCGAGACCACCGGUUAACUACUGCAUCCUCAUCGCCAUGGCGCUCAGCAGCAGUCGUACUGGAAGUCUUAACGUACAGCAGAUCUAUAACUUCACCAGAGAGCACUUCCCAUUUUUCAUCACUGCCCCAGACGGGUGGAAAAACACAAUCCGCCAUAAUCUGUGUUUCAGCAACAGUUUCAAGAAGACCCCUCAACAGGUCUCUGGGGAUGGAAAGAGGAAGUCGUGUCUGUGGCAUCUUACCCUUGAUGGCCGACAGAGACUUAGGGAUGAGAUUCACACUCUUACAGGUGAUUCUUUCAGAAUGCUGAAGAGAAGCAUGAACUACCCAGAUAUGAUCAAAGCGUUGUUUGAGCUGUGAUCCAAAGUUCCACAUAAAAUUUCAUCGGGCUGGAAAAAGUCUCCUGUGAAAUGCACCUUUUUUUUGUGAUAAUGUUAUUUUCUUGUAAUUGUGUGUAUGUUUUCUUUAAUAAUAACUCUUUAUUUAAUAUGUAAAUUAAAGCAUCCACAAGUUAA